UCAACCCUUCGAAAGAUAUUUAGAUAUAUUCAACAUAUCAACUUUCAGUGUGGAAAUUAAAUCCACCUAAACGCGCCAAUUCGAAUGAAAUAGGGAAAAGAAACAUGUAAACAGGUACCCUUUAGAAACCAUGCCACAUUAUAUCCCCUUCAUUGUACCAGAGGUCCGUCCAUUAGCUGAUAUUACAGUUAUCACAAUAUUAAAUUCAAACACCAUAAAGUCGUGCUUUCGGGCCUCCCUGGCGUCAACCGCCGCUGGGACGCGCGACCCACUGGGCCGAGUUGGCCCGUCUGGAGACCGAGAGUCCAUUCCUCCAAAGUUUUCAGGAGACCAAUUUAGUCCAUUCCUACAGUCGAUUCCUCGGGUUAAGGUGUUCUGGAGAGUCCAUUCCUCGGGUUAAAGUGUUCUGGAGUGGAGACCUACAGUCCAUUCCUCUGGUUAAGGGGUUCUGGAGACCUACAGUCCAUUCCUCUGCAAGUUUUCUGGCGUGGAGACCUGCAGUCCAUUCCUCUGGUUUAAGUGUUCUGGCGUGGAGACCUACAGUCCAUGCCUCUGGUUUAACUGUUCUGGAGACCUACAGUCCAUUCCUCCGUUGUUCUUGAUACCUACAGUCCAUUCCACGGGUUACAGUCCCCAUAACACCGGAGGUGUUAUGGGGACCUUAAAAUUCCUCGGGUUAAGGCAUUAAACUGGAAACUCAUUUGAUGAAAUCUGGGCAAAAUCCACAAAAUGUUCCCGAUUACAAUCACCGAAGAUUAUGCAUUUGUUUUAUGUUUUUUUUCUGUAUUAGUUUGAUUGUAUAAUCAUUCGUAUCCAAGGAUCUAUUAAGUUGUGGCAAGGUUUAUCGGAAUGACAUCUGUCUUGAAAGGUCAUCGAUCUAACCCCGGGUCUGUGUGAGGCAGUAGUGUGAGAGCUUAUUCAAGCAGCGACUCUCUCAUUAUGGACCAAUCGUUACGCAGCGCCCUGGACCGAGCGUCAAGCUCCACCAAUAGGAGAUCAACAAACUGAAGGAGAGAGACACACUGAGAGAGUGCACUAAGAAGUACUGAUCUCCUCUGGACCAUCUCCUCCUCUCACUCUGGACCAUGUCAACAAACAACACUGACCGCGGCGCUGCCUUCUGCUGCUGUGCCUCCGCCGUUCCGGACACUCAGCUGCUCUCUCUCUCCAAAUUACGCACUAAGAAAAACAGAUCUGCUCUCUCUCUCCACAUUAAGCACUAAGAAAACAAGAUCUGCUCACUUUUAUUAUUCGGCGCAGCUCGUGAAGAGGCAGGAGCUCACACCCGGACACUACGGUUCUUUUCGGGAAAGCGCGACUUUGGAUAACCGGUUCGGAGCUCAACAACGUCAGGGAGCCUUUGUUGAAGGAACUUUUAUUUCUAUUGGAAACCAUUAGGUAAACCAGUCCACAGGACUCCGCCGGGGGACGGGGUCGUUGAGGCAUCCCCAGGAUGAUGCGCCCCACGCUGGCUCACAACUACCCCCGCACCGGCUUCCCUCUGGAAGUCUCCUCCCCGCUGGGACAGGGGCGUGUGAACCAGCUGGGAGGGGUGUUCAUCAACGGCCGACCCCUGCCCAACCACAUCCGCCACCAGAUCGUGGAGAUGGCCCACCACGGUGUCCGGCCCUGCGUCAUCUCCCGUCAGCUACGCGUGUCUCACGGCUGCGUGUCCAAGAUCCUGUGCCGGUACCAGGAGACGGGAUCCAUCCGGCCCGGGGCCAUCGGCGGGAGCAAGUCCAAGGGCGCCGCUGCGGAUGGGGAGAAACGGAUAGAGGAGUACAAGCGAGACAACCCAGAGGGCUCCAUCAGUCGCAUCGUGCGCUGUAAGUUUGGCGGGAAGCUGGAGGAGGAGGAGGAGGAGGAGGUGGAGAGCAAGGAGCUGGAGGAGAGCGAGCGGCGGGCCAAACACAGCAUCGAGGGGAUCCUGGGUGACAGAUCGAGCCUCUCUGACGACUGCUCGGAGGGGGAGUCGGAGCCCAGCCCGCCCCUGAAGAGGAAGCAGAGGAGGAGCCGCACCACCUUUACGGCGGAGCAGCUAGAUGAGCUGGAGCGUGCCUUCGAGAGAACCCACUACCCCGACAUCUACACCCGUGAGGAGCUGGCCCAGCGCGCCAAGCUGACAGAGGCCCGCGUGCAGGUCUGGUUCAGCAACAGGCGAGCACGCUGGCGUAAGCAGGCAGGAGCCAAUCAGCUCAUGGUGUUUAAUCAGCUGAUCCCAGGGGGGUUCCCGCCCUCAGCCAUGUCCGGGAUCCCCUUGUAUCAGCAGUCUGACAGCCCCUACCCAUCCCCGUCACAAGGGUCCGAGCCCCUCCCCAGCACGGUGCACCGUCCCCAGCCGCUGCCCCCCUCCUCGGGGCACCAGGGCUCCGCAGGAGGGCAGGGGGACGGGGCCUACUGCCUGGCCCCCGCACGCCACUCCUUCUCUGGCUACUCGGACAGUUUCGGGGGCCCCCCCAACCCCAUGAACCCCCCGCUGGGGAGCGUACUGCCUCCGCAGGUGAUGGGUCUCCUGAACCCCGGCGGCACACCCCUCCAGCCCCAGAGCGAAUACUCCCUCUCCCCGCCCCCCACCAACUGCAGCCUGGGUAGCGGGUCGGUCUCCACGCCAAGCUCCCAGACCUACUGCCCGGCCUCCUACGGGGCCUACAGCGUGGACCACGUGGCCUCCUACCAGUAUGGCCAGUAUGGACAAGGUGCCCUUCCUUACCUGAGGCCUGAGAUCAGCUAAGGACUUGGAGCGGACCUCAUGAGGAACACCCGCGCGUGUGCAUGUGUUUGUGUGCAUGUGCGUGAGUGUGCAUGUGUGUGUGUGUGUGUGUGUGUGCGUGCGUGUUUACGUGCGUGCUUGUGUGUGUGUGCCUGUGUGCUUGUGUGUGUGUGCCUGCGUGCGUGCAUGCUUGCGUGUGUGUGUACACAGAUGGUGUUCUUCAACUCACAGCUGGGUCCGCCCAUGAAGCUCUCCACAUCCUCCCCCUCCUCCCCGAUCCCUACCCCCCUCUUUCUCUCUUUGUCUCCCCCGCUCGUCCCCUGGGCUCCGGUGAUGUGAGGCGACGCUGGGGCAGGAGCAUGGCGUGAGCAGGCGGGCCCGCUGGACGCUCCUCUUCAAGGAAAGGCCUUUGGAGGGGUCAGGGGUGACCCCAGAGAGAGUGACAGAUGAGAGAGUGGAACAGAGAAGGGUGAAGGGGGGGAAAAGAAACCUUUGAGGGGGACACGGCUGUAUCGAUCACUGGGGGGGGGGGG